AUAUCCAAGAUGGAUGUGAUCAUCCCGUUCUCCCCAGAUGUGCCCUGUGAUAGCAAUGGGCAGCGCAUGUGGUGGGCUUUCCUUGCCUCCUCCAUGGUCACGUUCUUUGGGGGUCUCUUCAUCAUUCUGCUCUGGAGAACUCUCAAGUACCUGUGGACCGUCUGCUGCCACUGUAACACCAAAAAGAAGAAUGCUCAGCGGGUCCACAACCCUACCUCCCAUGGGGAUGGGAUCAAGCACACCAAGGAGACGGUGGCUGCACUCAGCGAGGUGGGCUGGAUGACCUCCGUCAAAGACUGGGCUGGGGUCAUGAUAUCAGCCCAGACACUGACGGGCAGAGUCCUGGUGGUGCUUGUCUUUGCCCUCAGCAUCGGAGCCCUUGUAAUAUACUUCAUAGAUUCCUCUGACCCCAUUGAGUCCUGUCAGAACUUCUACAAAGACUUCACGCUACAGAUUGACAUGGCUUUCAACGUCUUCUUCCUCUUGUACUUCGGUCUACGGUUUAUUGCAGCCAAUGACAAGCUGUGGUUCUGGCUGGAGGUGAACUCAGUGGUGGACUUCUUCACUGUUCCCCCGGUGUUCGUGUCGGUUUAUCUCAACAGGAGCUGGCUUGGCUUGAGGUUUUUAAGGGCGUUAAGGUUGAUACAGUUCUCAGAAAUCUUACAGUUUUUGAACAUAUUAAAAACAAGCAAUUCCAUAAAACUGGUGAACUUAUGUUCAAUCUUCAUAAGUACAUGGCUAACAGCGGCAGGCUUCAUACAUCUGGUGGAAAACUCAGGGGAUCCUUGGGAAAACUUCCAAAAUUCCCAAGCACUUUCCUACUGGGAAUGUGUCUACUUACUCAUGGUUACUAUGUCCACUGUGGGCUAUGGAGACGUGUAUGCAAAAACCACCCUGGGACGACUUUUCAUGGUCUUCUUCAUCCUUGGUGGUUUGGCCAUGUUUGCGAGCUACGUCCCUGAAAUCAUAGAGUUAAUAGGAAACCGCAAGAAAUAUGGUGGUUCCUAUAGUGCGGUUAAUGGGAGAAAGCACAUCGUGGUCUGUGGUCAUAUAACACUUGAAAGUGUGUCCAACUUCCUUAAAGACUUCCUACACAAGGACAGGGAUGAUGUCAAUGUAGAAAUUGUUUUUCUCCAUAAUAUUUCCCCUAAUCUUGAGCUGGAAGCCUUGUUUAAACGCCACUUCACCCAGGUGGAGUUCUACCAGGGAUCUGUUCUCAACCCACAUGACCUGGCCAGAGUCAAGAUAGAGUCAGCAGACGCCUGUUUGAUCCUAGCUAAUAAAUACUGUGCAGACCCUGAUGCUGAGGAUGCCUCCAACAUCAUGAGGGUGAUAUCCAUCAAGAACUACCACCCAAAGAUCAGAAUCAUUACCCAGAUGUUGCAGUACCACAACAAGGCCCACCUUUUGAACAUUCCCAGUUGGAACUGGAAGGAGGGUGACGAUGCCAUUUGCCUUGCUGAGCUGAAGCUGGGCUUCAUAGCACAGAGCUGUCUGGCUCAGGGCCUGUCCACCAUGCUGGCCAACCUCUUCUCCAUGAGGUCCUUCAUCAAGAUUGAAGAGGACACGUGGCAGAAGUAUUACCUGGAAGGAGUAGCCAAUGAAAUGUACACUGAGUACCUGUCUAGUGCCUUUGUGGGCUUAUCCUUCCCGACCAUUUGUGAGCUCUGCUAUGUGAAGCUGAAGCUGCUACUGAUUGCUAUCGAGUACAAGUCUGAUAUAAGGGAAAGCAGCACCCUCAUCAACCCUGGGAACCAUGUGAAGAUGCAGGAAGGAACCCUGGGGUUCUUUAUCGCCAGCGAUGCCAAAGAAGUAAAGAGGGCACUUUUUUACUGCAAAGCUUGUCACGAUGACAUCACAGAUCCCAAAAGGAUAAAGAAAUGUGGAUGCAAACGAUUCGAAGAGGAGCAGCAUUCGACACUGUCGCCUAAAAAGAAACAACGUAAUGGAAACACAAGGAACUCACCCAACGGUUCACCAAAAAUGAUGAGGCAUGACCCUCUCCUCAUGCCGGGGAACGAACAGAUUGAGAACAUGGACAUGAACGUGAAGAAGUACGACUCCACAGGGAUGUUCCACUGGUGCCAGUCCAAAGACAUCGAGAAGGUCAUCUUGACCAGAAGUGAAGCUGCCAUGACUGUCCUAAGCGGCCACGUGGUCGUCUGUAUAUUUGGAGACGCGAAGUCGGCUUUGGUGGGCCUAAGGAACCUUGUGAUGCCUCUGAGAGCUAGCAACUUCCACUACCACGAGCUGAAACCCAUCGUGUUUGUGGGUUCUCUGGAGUACCUGAAGAGGGAAUGGGAGACCCUUCACAACUUCCCCAAAGUCUCCAUUUUACCUGGCACACCAUUAAGCCGGGCCGAUCUGAGGGCUGUCAAUAUCAACCUCUGUGACAUGUGUGUCAUCCUGUCGGCCAAUCAGAACAAUAUUGACGACGCGUCACUGCAGGACAAGGAAUGCAUCCUGGCGUCACUCAACAUCAAGUCCAUGCAGUUUGACGACAGCAUCGGGGUCUUGCAGGCUAACUCCCAAGGUUUCACUCCUCCAGGCAUGGACAGGUCCUCUCCUGAAAACAGUCCACUUCAUGGGGGGUUGGUCCGACAGGCUUCCAUCACAACAGGAGCCAACAUCCCCAUCAUCACUGAACUAGUGAAUGACUCCAAUGUUCAGUUCCUGGACCAGGAUGAUGAUGAUGACCCUGACACAGAAUUGUACCUCACUCAGCCCUUCGCCUGUGGGACGGCCUUCGCAGUCAGUGUGCUGGAUUCCCUGAUGAGUGCGACAUACUUCAAUGAUAAUAUCCUCACCCUGAUCCGGACGCUGGUAACAGGGGGGGCCACUCCGGAGCUGGAGGGUCUGUUGGCGGAGGAGAACGCAUUACGAGGAGGCUACAGCACGCCGCAGACCCUCGCUAACCGGGACAGGUGUCGUGUGGCACAGCUAGCCUUGUACGACGGGCCUUUCGCUGACUUGGGAGAUGGUGGUUGCUACGGUGACUUAUUUUGUAAAGCUUUAAAAACUUACAACAUGCUGUGCUUCGGAAUUUAUCGAUUAAGAGACGCACAUUUAAACACACAAAGUCAUACAAGUCAAUGCACUAAACGGUAUGUGAUAACCAAUCCGCCAUAUGGUUUUGAGUUGGUGCCAUCAGACCUGAUCUUCUGCCUGAUGCAGUUUGACCACAAUGCGGGUCAGUCCAGGGCCAGCCUCUCCCACAGCUCCCACUCCUCCCAUUCUUCCAGCAAAAAGAGCUCCUCCGUCCAUUCUCUCACUGCCACCAACCGUACCAACCGCGCCAAGAGCAGGGACUCACGGGACAAACAGAAAAAAGACAUGGUUUACAGAUGA